AUGGCUUCAUCUCGUAUUGUUUCACGUCUUCUUGUACCAACUGCUCGCUGUGGUCUAUCAAUGAUAGGCAACCCGAGUGGACCGAUUCGUACGAUUUUCUAUCGAAAUCCACGAAAUUUACCUGAUGUAUUUCUUGGUUCAUCAUCGAAUGUUUUCCGCGACUUGGAAAGAGAAUUUGAGCGUAUGCAACGAAACUUCGAUCAUUUCUUCCGUGGUAGCAAUACAAACAAUACUGUCGAUAAUCGAUCUUUGACAAAUUAUACCGGCGAUGCAAAUGAAAAUAAUAUGAUUGUAACAGAAGCUGAUGGAUCGCGAAAGUUUCAUCUGGCAUUUGAUAUGCGUGGCUUUGAGCCGGAAGAAGUGAAGAUUAAAACACAAAAUGGAACAUUAGUUGUUUCAGCGAAGAAAGAGAAGAAAGCUGGAAAUAGCUAUUCUCUUCAUGAAUUCAGUCAAACUUACACAUUGCCUGAAGAUCUCAAACUCGAUGAGUUGAAAUCAAAGUUUACUGAACAGGGCAUUCUUUCUAUUGAAGCGCCAUUACCUAAAGCCGAAGCAAAAGAUCGCCAGAUUCAAAUUGAACAUGCGAACUAA